GAGUGAGUAAGAGAGAGAGAGAGAGAGAGAGAGAGAGAGAUCCAUCGGUCGCCAUUACCGACUGGAAUGGAGAGGGGAGGGAGUCAGGCUCGGAUUACGCGCAUACCAAAAAAUUCAGCAUUAAUCCCGAAUCGGGAGCAGGCCGUGUGGGAAAUUUAGCUCUGAUUAAACCCUGCCACUUCUGGAUCUUUUUUUUCUGGAUCGCAUUUUUUUCAAGAGAGGGGAUUUUUCCCUUGAAAUUAGAAAAGGGAAAUCUUCGGGAAUGCCACCUCCUUCCUCUCCGCCGUGUCGGGAGAUGGGAGCGACCAUGUUAGGUAGGUGAUGCCUGAGGAGAAGCACAGCUGCUCCAUAACUGACGAUCCAGAGGAAAGGGAUAUCCACAUCUGUUCAGAGCAAGAAAUGGAAACACAUCACCAGUAGCCAAUGGAACUUUAUCUUUGCCUUGCUGGCAGACUUUGCUGAGAGUAACAAGGCAAUGAGAGGGGCUGUAUAAUGGCCAAGAAUAAAGAGCCCCGUCCACCGACAUACACUAUCAGUGUAGUCGGGCUCUCAGGCACUGAGAAAGAAAAGGGCAACUGUGGCGUGGGCAAGUCCUGCCUAUGCAACAGAUAUGUGCGUCCCAGCGCAGACAGCUACUACUCAGAGCACACUUCUGUGUUAAGCACAAUCGACUUCGGAGGUCGUGUGGUGAACAAUGAUCACUUCCUGUACUGGGGGGAAGUGUUACACAGAGGAGAUGAUGGACUUGACUGUCGAAUUCAAAUCAUCGAACAGACCGAAUUUAUUGACGACCAGACCUUUUUGCCGCAUCGGAGCACAAAUUUGCAACCCUACUCGAAGCGGGCGGCGACUACAAAGCUGCAGUCUGCGGAGAAACUGAUGUAUAUUUGCACGGAUCAGCUUGGCUUGGAGCAGGAUUUUGAUCAGAAGCAGAUGCCCGACGGAAAGCUAAACAUUGACGCUUUUGUCCUGUGCAUAGACGUGAGCAAAGGAUGCAACCGGAAAUUCGACGACCAGAUGAAAUUUGUCAACAGCCUUUACUCGCAAAUUGCCAAGUCUAAAAAACCUAUCAUCAUCGCUGCGACGAAAUGCGAUUCUUGUGUUGAGCAAUACUUGCGGGAUGUCCAGGCUUUUGCUGCAAGCAAAAAGAAUCUCCUGUUGGUCGAGACAUCAGCGGUAUCGUCCGUCAACGUGGACCUCUGUUUUAAUGCGCUAACCCAGCAAAUGGACAAAACACGAGGUAAAUCCAAAAUUAUCCCGUACUUGGAGGCUUACAAAUCUCAGAGACAAUUAGUAGCCACGGUCACGGUCAAAUUCGAAAAGCUUAUUGUUCAGUCUGUCCGAGAUUAUCACACGAGCUGGAAAGUUGUGAGCAACUCUUUGAAAAACCUUUCAGACUACGAGGAAUACAUCAAUCUGGAAGGUACCCAGAAGGCUAGAAACACCUUCUCUAAGCACAUUGAGCAGCUGAGACAGGAGCAUAUCAAAAAGAGAAGAGAUGAUUAUCUCUCGAGUUUGCCAAAAAUUCUUAACAAGAUGCUCAGCAACUUGGAGGAGAUUGAGAACCUGAGCUGGACCGAUGCUCAGAACCUGUUAAAAAGCAAGAACGAAUUUCAGUACUACUUUGUUGUGCUAGAGCAAACCCCAUGGAAUGAGACGGAUCAUGUGAACAAAACAGACGACAGAAGAGUCCCAUUCGACAUCCUUAAAACUGUAGAAGGUGAGAGGAUUUACCAGAACCACGUGCAGCAUUUGAUAUCGGAAAAGAGGCGAAUGGAAAUGAAGGAAAAAUUUAAGAAGACGCUGGACAGAGUACAUUUCAUAAGUCCUGGCCAACCGUGGGAAGAGAUCAUGUGUUUUGUCAUGGAGGACGAGGCAUACAAGUAUAUCACAGAAGCUGAUCGCCGAGAUGUGUACGCUCUGCAUCAGCAGGAAAUAGUUGAACAGGCCAAAGAGGAGUUUCAGGAAAUGCUUUUCGAGCAUGCCGAGCUGUUUUAUGACUUGGAUCUGAAUGCCACCCCGAGUUGUGAUAAAAUGAGCGAAAUCCACACUGUACUCAAUGAGGAACCCAGAUACAGAGCUCUACAGAAGCUCGCCCCAGAUCGGGAGUCCCUUUUACUGAAACACAUCGGAUUUGUUUAUCAUCCCACCAAAGAGACUUGUCUGAGUGGUGUGAGCUGUGUGGAUCUGAAAGUUGAGCAGGUACUCGCAAAUAGGCUGGUCCAGUUGGACCACGGUCGCACUAAUCUCUACUACAACAGCUCCAAUCUCGAUAAAGUGAACUUGUGUCUUCUUGGCCGCGAAGGACUAGCUCAAGAACUUGCUAAUGAAAUCAAAGCUCAGUCCACAGAUGAUGAAUAUACCCUUGAUGGCAAAAUCUAUGAAUUGGACCUUUUACCUGUUGAUUUAAGUUCCCCCAUGCUUUUGAACCAUUCCUGGAUAUCCAAUUUCAAACCUCACGGGUUCUUCUGUGUCUUCAGCUCAAUAGAGUCACUUAAUUUCCUUGGCGAUCGCAUAAACCGAAUUCGAGCCGAGAUUUGUCAGGGCAAAAGAGAUAGAUUUGCCCAGCCCUCGCCGUUUAUCCUAAUCCUAGCGAGUCAGCGAGACAGUGUUUGCAAAAACAUGCCUAUUUUAAGGCAUCAGGGCCAACAGCUUGCCAAUAAGCUACAGUGCACAUUCAUAGACAUGCCCUCUGGGACCUUUCCCCGAAAGUUUAACGAAUCUCAAAUCAAACAAGGGCUCAGGGCAGUCCUUGAAGGCUUAAAGCACAACUUUGACUUGAUGAAUCCUAUGCCCUCCAUCAAAGAUUUGUCCGAAACGGAUUUGCGAAUAGUUAUGUGCGCUAUGUGUGGCGACCCGUUCAGCGUAGAUCUUAUCCUCUCGCCUUUCCUGGAUUCGCUCUCCUGUAGUGCGGGUCAACCCGGUCAGAGCAACACCCUGUACCUCGACAAAAUCAUCGGUGACAGUCGCAGGCGUAUACAAGUCACUGUUCUCUCAUACCACUCCUCAAUUGGAAUCAGAAAGGACGAAUUGGUGCACGGAUACAUACUUGUGUACUCAGCGAAACGAAAGGCCUCCAUGGCCAUGUUGCGGGCGUUUUUGGCAGAGGUCCAAGAUGUCAUCCCGGUCCAAAUGGUUGCUAUCACUGACAGUCAGGCAGAUUUCUUUGAGAACGAAGCAAUCAAGGAGCUGAUGACUGAGGGGGAACACAUUGCUACAGAGAUUGCAGCCAAAUUCACAGCGCUCUACUCGUUGUCUCAGUACCACCGGCAAACCGAAGUCUUCACGCCGUUUUUUAACGAAGUACUUGAAAAGAAGAACAGCAUCGAAAGCUCCUACAUGUUCGAUAAUACGCGGGACCUCGGCACCUCUGAAGACGUCUUCCCUCAAUCGCCACAUAACCAUUCAUCGGCCUACUCUUAUUACCCCGACUCUGAAGAUGAUGCGGAGGGACCACCCCCUUAUAGCCCUAUAGGGGAUGAUGUACAGCUUCUCCCCACCCCUAGUGAACGAAAGUAUAAAAUUGACUUAGAAGGGAAUGAGUAUCCUGUCCACAGCACACCUUUAGGUGAUCAUGAACGCAACCACAAAGUGCCUCCCCCGGUGAGACCGAAACCUGUGCUGAACAAACCUAAUGUUAAGAAGCUGGACCCCAACCUUUUAAAGACCAUAGAAGCUGGAAUGAGGUCUAGCAGGAGAACACGAGGCCAGAUUAUGGUCCAUGACGACCUUGAGGUGGCUGACAAUUACGCAGAUCCAAUAGACACUCUGGCCAAAUCGAAGGGUUACAACGACGACAUUUACGCUGUUCCAGAGGACACCCACAGCAGGAUAGUCAAGAUGCGCAACUCGUUCGGUGGCCAUCACGGUUAUUACGGGGACGAGGAGAACGGCUUUGAUCGUACGUUGAAGUCACAGGGUAGCAGGCGGCCGUCCAAAUACAAGCAUCGAUCAAAGAUCCUUUUCAGCAAGACAAAAAUGUACCACAGACGAGUACACUCCGACGUCAGCGAUGACGAAUCGGGGCCGGCGGUGCAGAAGAAGAAAAAAGGACGAGGAAACCGCGGAAGUGAAGAGGACCCUUUACUUUCACCUGCUGAUCCAUGGAAAGGAGGGAUAGACAAUCCAGCCAUAACUUCAGACCCAGAGCAGGAGGACAAGAAGUUGAAGAAAAAGAAAGCAACAAAAAACAAGGAACCAAAAAAGGUUAAAGCGAAAGUUCCAAAGCCAUUGUAUCCACCGACCCGAAGAAAUUGGGAAAGCAACUAUUUUGGUGUUCCUCUACAGAACUUGGUCACCCCAGACAGGCCUAUUCCUCUGUUUAUUGAGAAGUGUGUGGACUACAUUGAGCGUACAGGGCUCACCACAGAAGGCCUGUAUCGUGUGAGCGGCAACAAGACGGAUCAAGACAACAUUCAGAAACAGUUCGACCAAGACCACAGUGUGGAUUUCAUUGUCAUGGAUGUUGCUGUGAACGCUGUAGCCGGGGCACUGAAAGCUUUCUUCGCCGAUCUACCAGACCCUCUUAUCCCGUACAGUCUCCACCCUGAGCUCGUAGAAGCAGCUAAAAUAAUGGACCAUAUCGAAAGGCUGCAAGUGCUGAAGGACAUCGUGCGGAAAUUCCCGUCUGUGAAUUAUGAAGUUUUCAAAUAUGUGAUCACUCAUCUCAACAGGGUGAGCCAGCAGAGCAAGACCACGCUGAUGACAGCAGACAAUUUGUCCAUCUGCUUCUGGCCGACGCUUAUGAGGCCCGACUUUGAGAACAAGGACACGCUGUCCACCACCAAACUCAACCAGUCGGUCAUCGAGAGCUUCAUCCAGCAGUGCCCAUACUUUUUCUAUGGCGGAGAAAUAUUCGAGCCUCCGGGCGCCAUGGGCAACUCGCCUCCACACGCUGGGCACAUGGGACACGUCGGCCACGGCAUGGUGGAGUCACUGCUGGCAUUACAGCUCCCUCCACCACUUCAACCACAACAGAUUCAACACCCUCUGCCCUCCGAACCCCUCAUUUAACUCAGUCUUUUUAAAAUGGGAAAGGGAAAAAAUACUUUUUUUUUAGCAAGAUAAUGAAUUCCCAUCACAGGUCACAUCAUUGUGACUGAAAAACAAACAAACAAAAGGAAUAAAUAACUGAUGAUUUAUUCAUGAAAUGUGGUGAACUGGUCUUGCCAGACUGCAAAUAUAAGGAAGAUAUAUUUAUACUACAAUUUUUUUUUUGGUAAAGACAGUUGAACCAUUCUCCUGUGUACACUACAUGCACAAUCUAUUUUAAUGGCUUUAUCUUGCAUCAUUAUUAUUUUUUUUUUUGUCUGCUUUUUUUUUUUUUUUUGUAGAAAUCUAUUUCUAAAAGAGAAUGAAAACUAAUGUGGUGAUGGAGUCCUGAGCACAUUGGACUGUUGGAAGAAGAAUUGCAACACAAAAAACAAAAUCACACACACACACAAAGCAGGUGCACAGCAGCCAGGGAUGGACACCAGCAGUAAAUAUCACGCUCCUCACAUUCUGAAAAGCCACCGAAGGGGAAAAAAAAGAGAAACUCCACUGGAACUUUUUGGCACAUCGGAGAAAAGCAGGUGUUAGACUAUAGCCUGACUCCUCUCUCUUCCUUCAGUCUGUUUUUAGACCUUUUUUUAAUUAUUCCCUUUUUUUUUUUGUUGUUGUUUGGUUUUAUUUCCAAAAUCAUGCUUUUGCACACCAACAUGCAUUGAUGUUCUUUAACUAAAUUUGCAUGUCAUUUGCCACUUGUAAUACCUGAAAGCUAGAAAAAAAAAAGACGUACAACCUUAA